UACAAAGGUGUGCUGUUGGACACCACAACCAGAUUCACCUGCAAGGGACAGAUGCUACACAAUUUCAUAUGCUGCAGCACCUUCACAGAAUAGACUGUGGUGGAUGAAAUAGCUGUCGCUAAGAUAGAUGAUAAUGCUCCUCUGGAUAAAGUGUGUCUGAUUGGCUGUGGCUUUUCUACAGGAUAUGGCUCUGCAGUGAACAUUGCUCAGGUUACCCCUAACUCCUUGUGUGCUGUGUUUGGUCUAGGUGUUGGCCUUUCAGCCAUUAUUGGAUGCAAAGUAGCAGGUGCUUCUAAGAUCAUUGCAUUUGAUGUAAACAAUGAUAAGUUUGCUAAAGCAAAAGAGUUAGGAGCCACUCACUGUGUCAACCCAAAGGAAUUUAAGGAACCCAUACAUGAGGUGCUGGCAAAUAUGACCGAUGGAGGAGUGGACUACGCAAUUGAGUGCAUUGGAAAUGUUGAUAUAAUGACAUCUGCACUUUUGGGUGCUCAUCAUGGCUGCGGGACUUCUGUUAUUGUUGGCUUGGCUCCUGCAUCAGUGAAAAUGAAUUUUGGCCCUGCAUUAAUGCUCACUGGCCGCAAACUGGCAGGAGGAUUGUUUGGAGGUUGGAAGAGCAAAGAAGCUGUGCCAAAGCUGGUUUCUGAAUUUAUGGAUAAUAAGUCCCAGCUGGAUGGGCUAAUAAGUUACAAAUUUCCAUUUGAAAAAAUCAAUGAAGGGUUUGAGCUUUUGCGCAAGGGAGAAAGCAUAUGCACUGUGCUUGAGUUCUGAGACCCUCAGGAACUUUUCCUCAUCUUAACAUAAUAUGAGACAUGAAUAAGGAAGAAGAGUGAUUUUAUAACAGAGAAAAUAUUUAGCGAUUGGCACCAUAAAGCUCACAAAUGAUACAUAAGUAUACUAACUAAAACUGGUGGAGGUUAUAUUGCAGACUAAAUUCACCUUAAAUAAUUCUCAAAUAGUAAGACAUUGGUAUAUUUAGCUAAAUACUAUUCUUGCUUGAAAAAA